AUGCAAGUCCUCGUUGCUCUCGCCGCCCUCAGCUCUCUAGCUGCUCCAGUUGUUGGCUUCUCCAUCCCUCGCGGUGUGCCAGUCAGCCAGUCCAUGAUCGAUGUGAAGCUGAGCUCCGCCGGUAACUCCAUGGUCAAGGCUACCAUCACCAACAAUGGUGAUCGUGCCUUGAACCUCUUGAAGUUCCAUACCAUCAUGGACUCCAACCCAACCCGCAAGGUCUCCAUUGAGAGCCAAGACGGAAAGGAGGUCCAGUUCACUGGAAUGAUGCCCAGAUACAAGAACACCGACCUUAAGCCAACCUAUUUCAUGUCCCUUCCACCAAAGGGCACCGUCGAGCACUCCUUCGACAUUGCUGCCACCCACGACCUCUCCCGCGGUGGCCAAUUCACCCUCAAGGCCGAGGGCAUGGUCCCAAUUGCUGAGGAGAACAGCACCAACAUCACCGGAGCUGCCCAAUACCACUCCAACGAGCUCCACAUGACCAUCGAUGGAGAUCAGGCCGCUUCCGUCAAGAGUGCCAUUGGAGUCGCAAAGAGGGAUGGACCUUUCACCAGAAUCGACAAGCGCACCAAGAUCGACAUGCAAUCCUGCGGCAACCGCCAGGAGCUCCAGGCCCUCACUGCUGCCCUCAGCGCCUCCGCUAAGCUCUCCAGCAUGUCCGCCCAGGCCGUCGGCCAGAACCAGCAGAAGUACAUGGAAUACUUCAAGGACCCCAAGUACGCCAAAACCGUCCAGAGCCGUUUCCAGGCUGUAGCCAAGGAGUCUAGCUCUACCAACAACGGCGGCACUACCUACUUCUGCUCCGACGUCAUGGGAGGCUGUGAAGAGGGUGUCCUUGCCUACACUCUCCCAUCCCGAAACCAGGUCUACAACUGCCCCAUCUACUACAGCGAGCUCCCACCCCUCACCAAGGAGUGCCACGCUCAGGACCAGGCUACCACCACCCUCCACGAGCUCACCCACAACCCUGCCGUCCAGGAGCCAUUCUGCGAGGACAACGGAUACGGAUAUGAGCGUGCUACUGCCCUUUCUGCUGAGAAGGCUGUCCAGAACGCUGACAGCUACGCUCUCUUCGCCAACGCUGUCUACGUUGGCUGCUAA